UGAAGCUAGCGGCUCGAGCAUUUUACGAUGACAUAACAACUAAAGGAGAUAAUCAGCCCAAAACGGGACGGAGUGAUAAUAGAGGCAUUGCUGUGGUAGUGCUUGACGCUCUCACUAGACGACAAUGGGUAAGAGAAGAAGAUUUGGCCAAGGAGUUGAAAUUACAUUCGAAACAACUUCGCCGGACUCUGCGGUUUUUUGAGGAAGAAAAACUUGUGACCCGGGAUCAUAAGAAAGAGGUUGAUGUUUUACUUUGUUUGCAUCAAUUAAGUCUGGUUGAUAGACUGUGGGAUGAGGAAAAAUCAUUAGUUGUAGGAAAUUUGGAAUUAAAGCUUACGGCUAAGGCUGCGAAGAUGCAUAACGCUGCAGUAGCAAACACGACCGAUGGCCAUAGAAACAAAGGGGCAGAUGACAAGAUUAAGAUGCACACUCACUCCUAUUGCUGUCUAGAUUAUGCACAGUUAUAUGAUGUUGUUAGGUACAGACUGCACCGCAUGAGGAAAAAGCUGAAGGACGAGUUGGAAGACAAGAACACUGUUCAAGAGUACAUAUGCCCCAACUGUGGAAGAAGAUACAAUGCUUUGGAUGCUCUGCGCUUGAUUUCUCUAGUUGAUGAGUACUUCCACUGUGAGAAUUGUGAUGGGGAACUUGUAGCUGAGAGUGACAAGUUAGCUGCCCAGGAAGGAGGAGAUGGAGAUGACAAGGCAAGGAGGCGGAGGCGUGAAAAAUUAAAAGACAUGCUUCAAAAUAUUGAGGUACAACUUAAGCCGUUAAUGGAUCAACUUAGCAGAGUAAAAGAUUUACCUGUUCCUGAAUUUGGGAGUCUUCAAGAAUGGCAAAUUCAUGCAAGUGCUGCUGUGCGUGCUGCAAAUGGUGAUUCUAGUUCCAACGAUCUUUCUAGAUCUUCUCAAGGGUAUGGUGGAACACCAAUGCCAUUUCUUGGAGAGACAAAGGUUGAAGUUGCCUUUUCUGGCAUUGAAGGCAAGGAUGAUAUCAAAUCUGAAACUGCAAGUACUGCUCUGAAAGUUCUACCACCAUGGAUGAUCAAGCAGGGAAUGAACCUUACAAAUGAGCAACGUGGAGAGCUCAAGCAGGAGUCUAAGAUGGAUGGCAGCACAGUGGUAGCAGAGUUUUCAGAUGACAAGAAGUCUUCUAUUGAGAAUGAUGACAAGAUAAAGGAUGAGUAUGUUAAAGCUUAUUAUGCUGCUCUGCUUCAGAAACAACAAGAAGCAGAAGAAUCUGGUAAGAAACUACAGGAAUUGUCACAGACAUCCAUCUCUACUGUGCUUUCUGAUCGUCAAGUGGGCAUGAAAUCCAAACGUGAAGCGUAUGAGCCAGAUGAUGAUGCUGAAUGGGAAGAGGCUCCAGUGGGAGGCAACACAGGUGAAGGUUUUAAGGUCAAUGACUUGAAUGCUGAAGCACCUGCUUCAGGAGAGGAUGACGAUGAUGAUAUAGACUGGGAAGAAGCCACCGGCAUCACAACAGGCAUAUUCCGGUGCACCCCCAACCGACCAGAAGUGAGAUCGAUCCACUUUAUGGUGUUGAAAAACGACUUGUUCCAACUGGUCCAAACCCUUUGCACCAUUGAGCUCAAAGAUGUUGCAUCUUUGGGUAAUUCUUCGUUCAAUUUGGUGAGCGUCAGAACAUUUAAAACGGGUAAAAUGGCGAAAAGGAGGCAAUGGUCAUAUGAACCCAACCAUUCAAAAUGCGAUCAACGGGAACUGGAACGGGACUUCUCAAUGGGUGAUGGGAUUGCAGAUCUAGAAUUUCAGGAAAGUCUGGAUGGGAUAGCAGCAAAAAAUGAUCAGUUGGAUGAGGAGAAACCAUAA